AUGAAGACCGGUGUCGCCUCCAUCAUCCUCACGGCCCUCGCCGGCUCGGCCCUGGCCAUCCCGGGCAUCGUCGAGAAGGUGGAAAGGGCUGCCAACGCGGCCUUGUUCAGCGCCGAGUCGCUCCGCGCCACGUCCUCCCCCAACGCCGUCUCCAUGGAGGAGCUGAAGAACAGAAAGAUCCUCCAGCACCAGGAGGACGAGAACCAGGGCGCCUUCGACCUCGACCGCUACGAGGCCCGCCUCGCCGGCACUCCCUGCGUCAAUGGCAAGGCCGGCGAGUACACCUGCAACAACGUCGACCUCAUGGGUUUCCUGCGCCACCAGGAUAUGGGCAGCCGCACUCGCGUGGGCAACGACGUCUGGGGUUGGACCUCUGCUACCGGUCGCGAGUUCGGUAUCGUCGGCCAGACGGAUGGAUCCGCUUUCGUCGAGGUUCUGGCCGAUGGCACCCUCAAGUACGUGGGCCGUCUCGACACGCAGACCGUUUCGUCGUCGUGGCGUGACAUGAAGGUCAUCGGUGAUCACGUCUACAUUGGCUCCGAGGCUUCGAACCACGGUCUCCAGAUCUUCGACCUCAAGAAGCUCCUGACCGUCACCAGCCCCAAGGUCUUUAGCAUCAGCAGCGACCUCACCGCCCGCUUCAGCGGCUUUGGUAGCUCCCAUAACAUCGUUGCCAACGAGGACACCAAGAUGAUCUACGCCGUCGGAACCUCCCGCUCCGCCAAGUGCCGUGGUGGUCUGUGGAUGGUUGACGUUUCCAACCCAGCCAGCCCCAAGGACGCCGGCUGUGUCGCCGAGGAUGGCUACGUGCACGAUGCCCAGUGUGUCAUCUACAAGGGCCCGAUGACCCAGUACACCGGACACGAAAUCUGCUUCAACUACAACGAGGACUCGCUCACCAUCGUGGACGUGACCAACAGGUCGCGCCCCGUCCAGCUGUCCACGACGCCGUACAACGGCGCAACCUACACCCACCAGGGCUGGCUGGCGACCGACGACAUGCGCUACCUGCUUUUGGACGACGAGCUCGACGAGCAGGAGCGCACCGGUCCUGCCGCCGACCAAAGGACCACCACUUACAUCGUCGACGUGUCCAACCUGGCCAAGCCCGUCUUCACCGGCGUCUACAAGAGCCCGGCCAAGUCCAUCGACCACAACCAGUACGUCAUCAACGGCCUUUCGUACCAGAGCAACUACGGAUCCGGCCUGCGCAUCGUCGACGUCUCUUCUGUUGCCAAGGACCCCACCGGUGCCGGCUUCAAGGAGGCUGGCUUUUUCGACGUCCGUCCCGAGGACGACUCCGUCGGCGGCCGCGCCACCUUCAACGGCGCCUGGUCCGUCUACCCCUACUUUAAGUCUGGAUACCUGCUGGUCAACAGCAUCGAGCGUGGUAUCUUUUCGGUCAAGUACAGGGGCUAA